UCCCCGGCCCUCUCCUAUAAAUACCCCUUUUGUGAUGAGCUAUAAUUCCACAACCUCAUCUUAAAUAAAUAGAGAUUAUUAGCUUCUCUCUCACUCUCUCUAGCUAUUUCCUUUAAUAAUCUCAAAACUCCCUUGUAGCUAACACCAUGAUGAGCGGGGAAUCCAAUUUAUACAAAGGACUGAAACCAGUGAUACUAAUGGUGUUUGUGCAGGUUGCAUAUGCUGCAGUGAAUAUCAUCUACAAGCUCGCCAUAAAGGAUGGAAUGAACAUGCCGGUGGCUAAUGCCUACCGCCUCAUUUUUGCAUCGGCUGUCACUAUCCCUCUUGCUUUUAUCUUUGAUAGGAAGAAGAGGCCAAAAAUUACAUGGAGGGUACUUUUUUUGGCAUUUCUUUGUGGAUUGUUUGGGGGAAGUUUAUUUCUAAACCUUUAUGCCGUGGGUCUGGCUUUGACGUCAGCAACGUUUAUGUUGGCCAUGGUCAACCUUAUUAUAGGCAUUACCUUCAUCAUGGCUACAACCUUCCGAUUGGAAAAAUUAAAUUUCGGAGUACCAGAAGGGAAGGCAAAGGUGAUAGGAACAUGCGUUGGAAUUAGUGGGGCAAUGCUCAUGACCUUUCUCAAAGGGGUGGAAAUUAAUAUUUUUCCUUCCCAAAUUAACCUUUUGCAUCCACAUCGGGACCAAAAUAAGCAUAUGGGGCAACAUCAUGUAGACUUUAGUAAUAAACUACUUGGGGUUCCAAGUGCCAUUGCAAGUUGCUGCUCUUUUUCUUUGUGGUUAAUCAUUCAGGCUCAAGUGAACAAAGAAUUCCCCAGCCAUCACUCAAGCUCAGCGUUGAUGUGCACAAUGGGAGCGAUACAAUCCAUUGUUGUUGCUCUUUGUUUUGAAAGGGAUUGGAAUCAAUGGAAGUUGGGUUACGAUAUCAGACUUCUAACUGUGGCUUAUUCGGGAAUUGUGGCCUCUGGUUUGGUAGUCAUUAUGAUUUCCUAUUGCGUAAAGAUGAGAGGGCCUCUAUUUGCAUCUAUUUUCAAUCCUCUACAACUUUUACUUGUCGCUAUCGCUGCUUAUUUGUUGUUGGAUGAGAAGUUAUAUCUAGGAAGUGUUCUUGGAGCUGGGCUGAUCGUGUGUGGCCUAUACACUGUGCUUUGGGGUAAGAGCAAAGAAAUGAAAAAGAAGACUCAGUUAAUUCCAUUGGAAAACACCAAACAGCCCGAAGUUACUGAGAUUGCUGUUAUGUCUAUGACCAUAGAUCAUGAUAAAUGGGUCCAUAGCAAUCAAAAUCAAACUAGUGCAACCUGGAAUGUUGCUAAUGAUCAAUAACUAUUUGUCGAAAAUAAAAAAAAUGGAACACGUCACUACUGAAAUAUGUCGCAACCAAGGUCGCGAAGAUGUAACUUUUUUUAAUGAAAACAGUGGAGUCACUUUAAAUAGGAAACAUUUGAAAAUGUGAUAAGAAUAUGAGAUCUGUGACACUAAA